CGAAAGCGAGGACCGUUUUUCCUAUUCCGUGCGCGGGUGUUCAUUCACGAAACCGAGCCGCGAGAACGCCACCCCCGCGCGGCCGCUGACAAGGGCGGAAGCGUGCUCGAGAGCGGUUACGUUCGUCGCGGAAACGAGGUCGUGGAGGAGCGUCGUCGCCGGAGGAACUCGACCGCGAGGCGUGUCCCCUACGCGAGAAUCGUUGCUCGUUUUGGGGUGGCCCUGAAAGCAACAAGGGAAAGCACGACGAGAAAGGGGUGGCCAACGUUCGGAAGAGUUCAUUCCUGCAAUUCUCUCGAAGCGUCGAGAUGUUCUAGUAGGUUUGACGGUCGCCAGACGUCGUACGGGAUGACCGCGGUGGAUUAUGCCUGAUCGUAGACACGAGGAAGGGAGAUAAAAGUGUUUUUUCGGGGCAAAAGCGACCCGGCGAGCGAGGGGGCUCCGGGACUCGAGCAACAGGAAAAUACGGGCUCGAUGCCGGAGGCUUCGGGGUCGGGGUUGGCCGACGAGGCGGAUUACUCGACUUUCGAGAAUAAGACCGGCUUGGCCGACGACAUGAAGUUUCUGGCUAGAAUGCCAGAACUCUGCGAUGUGACCUUUCUCGUCGGUGACACCAGAGAGCCAGUGUGCGCUGUGAAGGCUGUAUUAGCAGCAAGAAGUAGAGUAUUCCACAGAAUGCUUUACCAGGCGCCGAGCCCGCAGCGAAAGAAAGAACCGCCGCCGCGCGAAAACAAAAUACGUUUGUUCCUGAAAAGAAGCUCGGAACCGCUGUUGAAUCUACAGAACACGGCGCAACAGCGGUCAGGGUUCACGCAGCAGUUGGCUCCCAUACAAGAGCCACAGCCGAAUCAACAUCCCAUUUUAAUCGUCGAGGAGUUCGAACCGGACGUUUUUCGACAGUUGAUCGAAUACAUUCACACGGGAUGCGUGACGUUACAGCCUCGAACGCUAUUAGGAGUAAUGAAUGCCGCUGAUUACUACGGAUUAGACGAGCUUAGGAAAGCUUGCUCUGGAUUCGUGCAGUGCUGCAUUACGGUGGAUACUGUGUGUGCUUUACUGGCGUCAGCUGAACGAUAUAUUCAAUACAAAUGCACAAAGUCCUUAGUCCAAAGGGUGUUGGAAUUUGUCGAUGACCACGGGAACGAGGUAUUAAACUUAGGAUCUUUCACCCUGCUCCCUCAACACGUGGUUCGAUUAAUCCUGGUAAGGGACGAACUACGCGCCGAUGAGUUUACCAAGUUUCAAGCGGCCUUGAUGUGGAGCAAAAAGUAUUGCGACAGCAAUCAGGACACAUCUCUGAAGGACGUAAUCGGCAACUUCCUGGAAUACAUACAAUUUCACAGAAUCCCAACGAACAUGCUAAUGAAGGAGGUUCAUCCCUUAGACCUGGUACCUUCCGAAAUCAUUAUGAACGCGUUGGCCUAUCAGGCAGACCCAACGAGUAUCGACCCGGGAAAGAUCUCCCCCCACAGAGUGAGGCGGCAGGGUCACUGUAUAUCGGUCCAGUCCUCUCUGGACCCGUAUGGUAGCAACACAACAUUGAGCUCGACAUAUUCCGACGCCGGCUCCGAUCAGAAACAACAUUCAGGUAAAAACGGCACAGCGGAGCAGGAAACGACCGGCGAGCAGCAGCAACGUCAACCGAGUGCGCAGAAACAGCAGGAAGAGGAGGACGUGCAGUGGCAGAUUGACCAGAGGAAUCAGCUGCAGCAGCAACGCAGCCAGCAGGAACAGGAAUCGCAACGACAACAAGAAGAGCAAAGGAAGAGGUUGCAGAUGGAAGAGGAAUCAAAGAAACAGAUGAACAAGGAGGAUAAAACGGCCGAAUCGGAGAAAACGCGGGAUGAGGAGCCCGAGAAACAGCAAACUGAAGAGGAAUCGGCAGAGCAAGUGGAAAAGAAAGCCACAGAGGAGCAACUUCCGAUGGAGGAGUCGAAGCAGGAAGAGUCGCGAGAACAGGCGGCGAAAGUGGAGGAAGAGGAUGCAGGAAAGAAAGAGCAACCGGAGGAACAACAGGAGAAAUCCAAGGAAGUUGAAGAAGAUUCGAAAGCAGAGCAACAACAGGAAGAUUUGGAGCAACAGGCAGCGAAGGCUGAGCCAGAGAAAGAGGAAGUACAAAGCACGUCGCAGGAGGCUCCUAAACAGCCUGAAGAGGGGUCGCAACAACCACGAGAACCGGAAGUUCAGCAAGAGGACGCGGAGGAACGUCGACGUAGUCGCGAGGAGAGGCGACUGCGUUUGCACUUGGAGGAGCUGAAGGUGCAUCUGGCGAUGCAACGGGAUCAAGUGUUGCAGAGGCAGGAAGAGGCAGUGUUGCAGGAGAUACAGGAGAGACACACCGAGGAGCAGCUGGAGAAUCGACGGUUGGAGCAGCUGCAGCUCUGUCUGGAAGGUCGAAGGCCCGACGUCGAGAAAUCGUCAGAGGAGCAACAACGACACAGGGAGGAUCGUAAGGUGUCGAAGAGGAAGAGGAAGAAGGAGAAGAUGAAGGUUCGAGCGCAGGAGGAAUCGCAGAAGGAUGAGCUGCAGGAGCAGCCGCAGGAGGAGCAAAACGUCGUCGCUCCCGUCGAUGGCGUCAGCGGUUUCUAUAUUAGAUUGGUGGUGAGGCAGGAGGGUCGCGCGAAUUUGGUUUGGCUCUUGAAAACGCACAUGUUCUAAACGUUUCAUUUCGACGUCAUUCUGGUUUUGCUACCGUCGAUGCCUGCGAAUUUGUUAUUUCCAUGGCGGAAAAUUGUUUCAGAGUAUAACGAUUUUGUUCUCUGUUCGUCGAGGCGUUCGCGCAAGGUUCAUUGAUCCUCGUUGGGAGAACGGUUCUAGACGGUUCUUCGAUUCCCAUGUUGAUCUAAGGAUUGUCCGCGGUUGUGCGUAGUUUGAAGAUGUUUAAGAUUGUUAAGCAAUGCUCAUUAGUGACGAAAUUUAGUAGGAACGGGGGAAAGAAGGUUGCAAUUAUAUUAACGUUUUAUUAUCUUCGCUGCAUUGUUCGGGAAAUGUGUAUUUGAGAGUUGAGCAAACGUUCUUCUAUGCACUGGGACGAAAAGAUAAGACGCAGUAUUUAAUAGCGAAUAAAACAGAAAUAAAUUAGUAAACACUGUAUGUUGUAAGAAUUGCUGGAAAAUAUAUUUUCUAGUAAAGGAGUAUUUUUCGUUGAAAGACAUUUACGUUUUCGUGAUCACUACGCUAUGAAAAAUUAUUAAGGACAACUUUUCAAAUCUAUCAAAGUGGUAGGCAAUUUGAAACUGUGAAUUCAGAACAAAUGGGAAAAUUUUGGAAAUAUAAAAACAAAGAAAAGGUCGAGCUUGCAAUAUUCACCGAACAGAAGCUUGAUCAAUUUUGCAGCGUGUUAUCGUCCCACGGCAUUUUCCACGGUUUAACGACAGCAAUUUCGUUUUUGUAUCCACGCGUUAACAAUGUACGUCUAAUGGUAACGAAACAAUUCAUCGGCAUCAAUCAAAAUCUCUCGCUGAACAAAAACUUCCACAUCGAUCGCUCGAUCACUUUUCUACUUUCUCGUACCGAAUCUACCGCGAACACUUAUCGCUAUAGAGACUCGAUCGCGAUACUACUUGCAACCGACACUGAGCGUAGAACGAAAAUCGCCCCGUAUAUUUCAUCGUAAACGAUUAUCGGUAGAUCGAUUCUGUGCAGAGGUGGGUGCAACAAAGAGACAAAGGGAAACAGAUGCAAAACUAUAUCGACGAUGUUAUUGUUGAACACUUUUACUACACGACAUAUCCAUCGAUUACUAUGAAUUAUGUAUGUCCUAGAACUGC